AUGGGCGCAGCAGAGACCGCAAUGGACACUCGCCCGGUAGAGUUGUGUUCAAGCACGAAGGAUGCUGUCGCCCCGGAAGCGCCGUUAGAGCUUGACAACACAAACAUUGAGGCAGUGCCGGUCUCCCAAAAGGCUGAACUACUGCUGGUCGACUGGGAUGGACCGGACGAUCCCCAGAACCCACUCAACUGGACAAAGACUAAAAAGUGGCUGAACAUCAUUCUUGUAGCGUACAUUACGUUUGUCACUUCUUAUGGAUCAACUAUUCUCGCGCCUGGAGUUCCAGCACUUCUACAAGAAUUUGGAGUCACUAAUAAUUCACUGGCUUCUUUCGUCGUUUCGAUCUAUAUCCUCGGCUUCUGUGUUGGCCCCUUGUUCCUGGCGCCACUUAGUGAGCUCUACGGGCGUCUGCCCAUCAUACAGCUUUCGAAUGUCUUCUUUCUCGUCUUCUCGAUUGCUUGUGCAGUGAGUACUAACAUCGGGAUGUUUAUCUUUUUCCGUUUAAUGCAAGGGAUCUCUGCCUGUCCUCCGCUGACUCUCGGCGGAGGACUGAUUUCUGAUCUUAUGGUUCCCACAGAGCGUGGAAGGGCCCUGAGUAUUUGGGCAAUGGGACCUUUACUUGGGCCCGUUAUCGGCCCUGUUAUAGGGGGAUACAUGAAUGAAACAAUCGGAUGGCGUUGGACAUUUUGGUUUACAGCAAUUAUGACUGGUGUUUCAAUAUUAGCAUCAGUCGCAAUUUUAAGAGAAACGUAUGCGCCUACCCUCCUCGCAAGGAAAUGUGCAUGUCUUCGCAAACAAACGGGAAAUCCAGAAUAUAAGUCAAAGUUCGAUAAAGGUCUUUCCGCAGGCUAUCUCUUCAAACAGGCAAUCAUUCGUCCAACUAAAAUGCUGAUACUAUCGCCGAUUGUCUUGGUCCUUGCGAUCCAUAUGUCAAUCAUUUACAGCUACUUAUAUUUCAUGUUCACGACCUUUACCUUCGUCUUCAAGGAUCACUAUAAUUUUAACUCCGGAGAGGCAGGUCUUGCAUACCUGGGUCUAGGAACCGGUUUUGUUGUUGGUCAAUUCAGCGUUGGAUACUCUUCUGACCUGUAUGUUAGGAAGAAGUCGAAUAUGACAGGCGUGAUGAAGCCUGAAUACCGCCUCCCACCCCUGGUGAUCAGCGCAUUCCUUAUCCCCAUCGGCCUUAUCUGGUAUGGCUGGACAGCUGAGAAGCAGGUACACUGGAUAGUACCUAUCAUUGGUACAGCCUUUAUUGGCAUUGGUACUAUGUGUGCAUUCCUGCCAAUACAGAUAUACCUUAUUGAUACGUUCGGUAUCUACGCUGCUAGCGCGCUUGCAACUAAUACAGUCGUCAGGUCGUUAUUUGGAGCAGUCUUGCCGCUCGCUGGGCCGCCUCUGUUUAAAAGGCUUGGACUUGGCUGGGGGAAUAGCCUGUUAGCAUUCAUCGCUUUGUCUCUGUCGCCUGCCGCGUUCUUUUUACUUAAGUACGGGGAGUACAUCCGGACGCACCCAAAGUUCCAAGUUAAGCUCUGA